GCAGCAGGCAAGCACCUGCUCCGAGCGCACUGAGCCAUUUUCAGCCGGACUUUUUUCUACAAGUCAAACAUACAACAAACGAGUUUCAGCAACGACCAUGUUGUUCCUUUAAAGCCGCAGAUUCCGGAUAUGUGCCUACAAGAAGUCCCGUCGUGAUCGCGAAGGCGCACACAAAGGGCCCCGAGGGGCUGAAGCCGGAUUGGAACCUGCAGGUUGGCAGCGGAGGUUGUUGUGAAGCGGCACUGGGUCUCUCUCUCUCUCUCUCUCUCUCUCUCUCUCUCUCUCUCUCUCUCAUGAACCGGGACGAAGAAAAGGGUUGGGACAGGGAGGAAUAGCUGGAGGGAGGGAUGGCUGAAUAACGAGGAGAGAAACACCCACUCCGGACUGACCGAAUUGUAUCCGGAGAGAAGGAGUGAGAGAGAAAGAGAGAGAGGGAGAGAAAGAACAAGAAGAAAGAGGAACCAACCAUCCUAGUAUUCAGAGGAUUUCCUUUGGGGAUAAAAGGACGCCUCGAAUUGAUGCUGGAGAGGUCUAGACUGCUGCUUGUGAGGAUGUUGUCACCGGGACAGAUUAGGUGGUGCUUGUGGGCUCCACUGGUGUUACUGGCCCUAGUUUCCCAUUCCCCCUCUAAGGCACAAGAUGAGGUUCCAGCUCCGAGGAGGCUGCGUUUCAAAGUGCUGAGCUCAAACAAACUCCUUGUUUCCUGGAAAGAGCCCAAAGGAGACUUUGACAGCUAUCUAUUCCUCUACAACAGUACACCAGGUGGUCAGCAGAGGGAAAUCAUAAUAUCUAAAUCUGACACAAAGGUGUUGAUAACAGACUACAACCCCUCUAAGGACUACACUGUCAGUGUCAUCAGUGUCAGUGGCAGUGAGCAGAGCAGACCUCUUCAGGGCAGACAUAAAGCUGAAAGAGGUGAGAGUGACGGAGAAGACAAGACUGAGCCCGAGAGGCUGACUGAGCCAGUUGUACCUCUUGAGGAUGCCAACGAGAUCUCUGGAGUUGAUCAGUUUGUGUGCCACACUGAGGCCAUUGCAGACAUCGUGAUCCUGGUGGACGGCUCCUGGAGUAUUGGUCGGCUCAACUUCCGACUGGUCCGCAUGUUCUUGGAAAAUUUGGUCAAUGCCUUUGAUGUUGGCAUCGAUAAGACAAGGAUAGGUCUGGCUCAGUACAGUGGUGAUCCCAGGAUAGAAUGGCAUCUAAAUGCUUUCUCCACGAAAGAUGCCGUCAUUGAUGCCGUUAAGAACCUGCCAUACAAAGGAGGAAACACUCUCACAGGCCUUGCAUUGACCUAUAUCCUGGAGAACUGCUUCAAGCCUGAGUCUGGCUCACGGGUGGGUAUACCCAAGAUUGGGAUCCUCAUCACAGACGGGAAGUCCCAGGACGAUGUCAUACCUCCUGCAGAGAGCCUGCGAAAUGCUGGGGUUGAGCUGUUUGCUAUUGGUGUUAAGAAUGCUGAUGAGAAUGAGCUGCUCUCCAUCGCCUCAGAGCCGGACAACACUCACGUCUACAACGUGGCCGACUUCAACAUCAUGAGCUCCAUUGUACAGGGUCUGACCAAGACUGUGUGUGAACAAGUGGAGCUGCAAGACAAGGACAUCAAACAGAAACAGACACCAGAGGAGACAGGAGCGCCGCUUGAGCUGUUGACAUCAGAAGUCACACCCAGGAGCUUUAGGGUUUCAUGGAGCCACGCCCCUGGAAACGUAGAGAAAUACAGAGUGGUUUAUCACCCUGCUAGCGGAGGAGAACCACAUGAGGCUGUAGUGGACGGUAGUGAGACUUCAGUGGUGUUACAGCAUCUCACCUCUCUCACUGAGUACCGUCUGGCUGUGUUUGCUGUGUACGCAAACGAGGCAAGUGAAGCUCUCAGAGGAUCAGAAACAACCCUGGCCCUUCCCACAGUGAUGGCCCUCCAGCUGUUUGAUGUGACUCACAACACAAUGAGAGCAAGAUGGGACAGUGUGGAUGGAGUUUCUGGCUACAUGCUGCUGUAUGCACCUCUUACAGAUGAGGGAGACCUGGAUGAGAAGGAGGUCAAGGUGUCUGAUGCAGUGACAGAGCUGGAGCUGGAUGGAUUGACCCCUCGCACUGAAUACACCGUCACUGUUUAUGCCAUGUAUGGGGAGGAGGCCAGUGACCCUAUUACAAACCAGGAAACUACAUUACCACUGAGUCAUCCCAGCAACCUCCAGUUCUCUGACAUCACUCACAACUCCGCCCACAUCAGUUGGGACCCCGUGCCCAGAGGAGUUAAAGGUUAUCGCAUCAUGUGGGUCAAGACAGACGGACUAGUCACGGAAGAGGUGGAGGUAGGUUCAGUGAACUCCUAUGACCUCAGUGAGUUGACGUCUCUGAUGGAGUAUUCAGUGGCCAUCUUUGCCCUGUAUGAUGAGGGCCAAUCGGAGCCACUCACAGACGGAUUCACUACCACUCCAGUUCCUGGUCCUUUGGAUCUACGCUCCAAUGAUGUUGGCAUAGACAGCUUUCAGGUCAGCUGGGAUCACUCAGCCAAUGACAUCAUCCUCUACAGACUCUCCUGGGCACCGUUCACAGGUGGCGACACAAAGGAGGUGGUCUUGAGUGGAAGUGAAAACAGAUACAUCCUGACCAGUCUGAGUCCGUCGACUGAGUAUGAAGUUAUGUUAACAGCUGUAUUCAAAGAUGAAUCUGAGAGUGACACCGUCUCUGUUAUAGAGACCACAUUGGCCAAGACAACAACGAUUGCUACCACAACCACAGUGGCACGUCUGGCUGUGAGAAACCUUCUGCUGAGUGACGAGACCACCCAGAGCUUAGAGGCAUCAUGGGAGCUGGAAGACCCCCAAGUGGAAAGCUACAGGGUCUCCUACGCUGGCCUCAGGGGCGACCACCAAGAGGAGUCUGUGUUAGUUCCUGGUGGUCAGAGGAGAGCAGUCCUUCAGCCUUUACUGCCUGACACCCAGUACAAAGUGACAGUCACCCCAGUUUACACUGACAGAAAAGACGGAAUCAGUGUCUCUGCCCUGGGUGCCACAUUGCCCCUCUUUUCUCCCGGAAACCUACGGGUGUCAGAAGAGUGGUACAACCGCUUCAGGGUCACCUGGGAUCCACCUCAGUCUCCUACAGUGGGUUACAGGAUCGUCUACCAGCCCAUCUAUGUUCCAGGACCAGUUAUGGAGACAACAGUGGGUAAAGAUUUGAACUCCAUGCUGCUACUGAAUCUACUAACUGGGACGGAGUACAGUGUUCAAGUGACGGCUUCCUACCCUACAGGACAAAGUGAACCACUGCUAGUGAAUGCCAAGACAUUGAUCCUCGGUGUCUCUGGCUUGUCGACCUAUCAGGUACGUCCCAACAGCCUGUGUGUCCAAUGGCUGCCUCUUCUACAUGCCACGUUAUACAGAGUCUCCAUACAGUCUACACUCAAUGGUCAGAGGCAGGAAGUGAGCCUGGGAGGUGGUGCUUCCCGACAGUGCUUCUAUGACCUGACUCCCAGUAGCCAGUACCAGAUCAGCAUUCACAGCCAGAUGCGGGAAAUGGAGGGACCUUCUGUCUCCAUCACUGACAUGACGCUGCCAGCGCCCACUCAAGCUCCGACUGAACCCCCCACCACAGAGCCCCCUCCCACCAUCCCACCUGCUAAAGAAGUGUGUAAGGAGGCCAAGGCUGACCUGGCAUUCCUGGUCGACGGUUCCUGGUCCAUAGGAGAUGACAACUUCAUGAAGAUCACGCGUUUCCUCUAUAGCACCAUGGGAUCACUGGAUUUGAUUGGCCCGGAUGGCACCCAGGUGGCCAUUGCUCAGUUCAGCGACGAUGCUCGGACAGAGUUCCAGCUGAGUUCCCAUGGCAACAAAGAAGCGCUGUUGGAAGCUAUUCAGAGGAUCAGAUACAAGGGAGGAAACACCAAGACAGGUCGGGCCAUCAAACAUGUGAAGGAGACUAUUUUCACCCCAGAGGCCGGAGCUAGAAGGGGCGUUCCUAAAGUCCUGGUUGUUCUCACUGAUGGACGUUCACAAGAUGAUGUCAACAAAGUGUCCAAGGAGAUGCAGAUGGAUGGCUAUAUCAUCUUUGCCAUUGGCUUUGCGGACGCAGACUACGGGGAGCUGGUGAAUAUUGCCAGCAAGCCCAGCGACAGACACGUCUUCUUCGUGGACGAUUUGGAUGCUGUGAAGAAAAUAGAAGAACAGCUCAUUACUUUUGUCUGUGAGGCUGCCACCGCCACUUGUCCAUCAAUUUUGAUGAGUGGUAAUACAAUGGCAGGUUUCCGUAUGAUGGAGAAGUUUGGCCUAGUAGAGAAGGAGUACAGCACCAUACCUGGAGUUUCUCUGGAGCCAGGUUCAUUCAACAGCUUCCCCUGUUACAGAUUACACCGUGACGCCCUGGUGUCACAGCCCACCAAGUACCUUCACCCUGAAGGUUUACCCUCUGACUACACCAUUUCUAUGAUGCUCCGUCUACUUCCUGAAACCCCGCAGGAGCCCUUUGCAUUGUGGGAAAUCCUCAACAGGGACAACGAACCAUCGGUGGGACUAAUCCUGGACAACUCUGGAAAGACCCUGACGUUCUUCAACUAUGACUACAAAGGAGACUUCCAGACCGUCACCUUUGAAGGAACUGAAAUCAAAAAAAUCUUCCAUGGCAGCUUCCACAAGCUCCAUGUAACCAUCAGCAAGACGUCUGUGAAGGUGGUGUUAGAUUGUUCUGUGGUCGGGGAGAAAUCCAUCAGUGCUGCUGGCAACAUUACCACCGAUGGAGUGGAGAUCCUCGGAAGGAUGGUUCGUUCCAGAGGCAGACGCGACAACUCUGCUCCAUUCCAGCUCCAGAUGUUUGACAUCAUCUGCAGUACAUCCUGGGCCAGCAGAGAUAAGUGUUGCGAACUACCAGCAUUGAGAGUUGAGGAGCAGUGCCCUUCCAUGCCUCAUGCCUGUACCUGCUCCCAGGACAGCAAAGGACCUCCAGGACCUUCCGGACCCCCUGGCGGUCCAGGCAUAGCAUAAUCAGGAGCUGGAGCAAACAGAUGAGAGCCAGGCGCAUGCGGACCUCAUGGUCCAGUGGGAGAGAUUGGCCCUUCUGGACCCCCAGGGCCGCCAGGUCCUCAGGGACCCAGUGGUCUCUCUAUUCAGGGCCCCCCGGGUGCUGCUGGGGAGAAGGGAGAGAGAGGAGAGAUCGGUCCAGCCGGACAAAUGGGUGUUCCUGGAAGCUCGGGCUCCCCUGGUAGAGAUGGCCCCCCAGGAGUAAGGGGUCUGCCAGGUAAUAAUGGACCACAGGGACAACAAGGACCUCCUGGACCCCUUGGAUCCCCAGGAGCACCAGGAGCUCCAGGACCUGGUGGACCAGCAGGGGCCCAAGGAGAUCAAGGACUUCCUGGUUCUGCUGGUACCAAAGGCGAUAAGGGAGAAAGAGGCGAUGUGCAAUCCCAAGCUGCUGUGCGUGCCAUUGCACGGCAAGUGUGUGAACAGCUCAUCCAGAGCCACUUGUCUCGCUAUAACUCUAUACUGAACCAGAUCCCUGUCCAGUCAGCGGCGUCAGUCCGAACAGUACCCGGACCACCCGGAGAGCCAGGUAGGAGAGGCCUCCCAGGACCUCAGGGAGAGCAAGGGCCAUCCGGCAGGCCAGGCUUCCCUGGUGCUAGCGGCCAGAAUGGACAACCAGGAGAGAGAGGUCUGCCGGGAGAGAAGGGAGAGAGGGGGAGUCCUGGGAUUGGGAGUCAGGGACCUCGAGGACAAUCCGGACCUCCAGGCCCGCCAGGGGAAGGACGGACAGGCAGCCAGGGCCCCCCUGGUCGGCCUGGUAACCCGGGAACACCGGGGAGGUCGGGGAAUCCAGGUGCCUCAGGACCAGCUGGCCCACCAGGAUACUGUGACCAGAACUCCUGUGUGGGGUACAACGUUGGAGUCCAACCCCUGCCUCACGGCGGCUACCAGCCCUACAACCAGCCGUACAACCCUGCUGCAGUGGCUUACAGCAAUGAUCAAGGAGGCGAAGACGAGGAGGAAGAGGAGGAGGAGGAGGGAGAGGAAGAGCAGGACCCCUAUUACCGUGGUUACCCCCCUCAGUACUACCCCCAACAGCCCUCACAACUGGCUCAUGGCCACCAUGGUUACCGCUCGAGCCCCACCCACUCUGAGGACACGGAGGUGAGGUCGCCGGGCGUCGCCAGGAGGUUUUCACGUGAUGUCGUCGUCAUGGAGCAGAGUGAGGAGGGAGGACUGUAGAGGAAGGAUGGACUCACCUAAAGUGCUUGAGCCCCGCAUGCCACAACACACACACACACAAACACUGAUAGUCACACAUGGAAACAAAUCAGACACUGACACACACACACACACACACAUCGUCCCCCAUCUGAAACUGUGGUGAGAGCCCCCCCCUCCCCCUCCAUGUGUAUCCAGUGGUUUGCUCCAUCUGGUGAAACAAUGUAAAUAGCUCUGUGGACUCUUGUACGAUAUCGCUGUAAAAAGGGGGGUCCGAAAAGUGCCUGAUCUAUGUUAGCAUCGUCCAGUGGUAAUGUAAAGGUAAGACCUGUUUCUUCCCAUCUCACAGCUGAAUUCAGGACUAAACCCUUCUUUUUGUGUGAAGCUGCAUGUCUCCUUUGAGCCAAACAUUGAGUGUGUAACUGGACAUGCACAUCUUGUUUUGGUUGUAUGUAUCUAGCUAGAUUAUUUUACAAUUCAAAUGGAGGACGUUGAGCUGGCAACAUUUGUAAAGUUACAGGCUGCUUUUUAUAAUGAUGAAUCAUGAUUCUCCGCUUCCCAUGCUGUCUUUAUGUCCUUCUUCUCUUCUUGUUAUUGAAGUGAGUUUCUCCGUACAGUAUUGUGUUAAGUUUGCUCCUUUUUACCAACUAUUAUUGGAGUUGAUGCCCCGAAAUUUACUUUAGAAGCAUACCAUUUCUGUUAAGUUUAAUAUUACCUUAACACUGUGGAACACAAUCAAAUGUAUUGCUUUUUUUUAUUCACAGAAGAUCUGACUUCCAUCACAUUUUGUCCUGCAAUAUUUCCUUCUGUUGCUACAUAAUGAACAAGGUCUGUUCUGGGUUUUAACACUCAGAUUCUGUUGUUGGUCUCGUGUUGCUUCCCCAGUUUGUUUCGUUUAUUGUUCUUAUGCAGUCGGGCCUGAUUACUGUGGAAGCCGCAUGCUCAUUGGUUGACCUCUGACCCCCUGCUGGAAUGAGACCUCCAGUUAUUAUUAAAAAACAGUCAGCUGGCUCUCAGUUAAACCAAUUAGGAUACACAAGUGUAAACUUAAGCCCUCAUGCACUGCAGUCUGAAAAAAGAAGCACUAAAGUAACUAAAAGUUGAGCUGUGAGCUGGCCCUGGUCUAUUUGAGAAACUGUCAAAAUUGAACAGAUUUAAUAAGGAAUGCGUCUCGCCACCACGCCCUUUAGUACAAUAUGAACUUAUUUAUUUUGUAUUUUUGAUUUUAUAACCAAUAAAUCUGUAAUGAGACUAUAAAA